AUGUUUAAAGUCUGCUCAUUGUCUUGUCUGAAGGAGACGUGUUUCAGAUGUGGGCCAGACUUUGAUGUGGUGGAGACGGCCCUAGCUGACUUGGCCCUAGACAUCAUGUGUCUGCUGAUGAAGAACCAGUGGAGCUGGCUGUGCACCGACAACAUCCAGAAGACUAUCCGGCUGCUGUUUGGAACCCUCAUUGACAGUUGGCUUAACGUGAGUGUGGCUAACCUGACCUGUACCCAGUAUUGGGUGAUCUACCUGCGGGUGCUGCAGGAGGCGGUGUGGCUGGGGGGCAGCCUACCAGCCCAGCUCCGCCCGGCGCAUAGCCACCAACAGGAGGAGGACACCAAGCAGCAAUCCCUGCACUGCCUCAUGAAACUACUACCAGAUCUGCUCUCAGAAAUGCUGGGCUCGGACAAAUACAGACUAAGCUGGCAGACUGCACUGGAAUCUCUGCAGAACCCUUACAUAAACAGACACCUGGUCUACUGUAUCUGGGACCUUUUCCUCAAGUUCCUCGUCCCUGAAACAUCUGAGGAAAACUUUCAGAAAACCCUGCUGCAAAGUCUCUCCAAAAACGCAGAGAAACUACCACCAUGAAAGUCGUGGGAGAGAUACUGGGGUACACACGCACACGCACACGCACACACGUUUAAUCAACUGUCAGUGAAUAGACCUCGAUGAAAGUCCAGCCUAAUGUAUCUGGAUAAAUUCCAUUAUUCAUGUUUCCCCACCUUUAACUCUGACAUUUUGGACCCAAGGUCAUCCGGGUCUGUCUCUGAUUUAGUCCAUAACAUUUGUGGGUCUCAAACAUCGGCCACACAUCCGGAGCAGCUUUGAUUACCCAACACCUGUUUUCUGUUUGAUCAGAAUAUGUGUCUGAUCUCCAAAAGCCCAAACACACGUAUGUGUGGGAAAAGCCGCAGUCCCAAACUUCCCAAAUCCAUCCUUUUUCCUGCUUCCUAAAGCCUCCAGCUUUGGACCAAACUCAUUUCAGAUUGACUCCACACCAACAUGAUCCCUUGUGGUCUUUCUAUAUUCUAUUGGAGAAGUCCAAUUAGAUUGUUUCCCCACAUCAGGCUUACUGUGUCGUGCUUUGCCCUUUCAGGAUGACUUGCCUAUGUGUUCCCCGUUAUAUGCCGCUAUUCCUUUUGAUCCCUUGGCUCUACACCAAGCUGCACAUGUGCUGUGUUGCAUUAAUACUCUACUCCCUCACUCCUGAGGCCUGGCUCGUACUGAUAUGGCCCACUGACAUGUUUCUGUUAAAGUGGUCACUCAUACGUUUUGAACUUAUGAUGAAGGCCACUGCACUUUAAAGCGCUUGAUAGCCACUUUUCCCAUGGGCCUGACAUGGUUGUUUUAAAUAAUAUAUGCUACAAGUACAUGCAAUUUUCAGUGGUCUCUCUGCUACUUUUUAAAAUUAUGAUACAUUUUAUGAGUACCACCAACACAGUGAAUGGGAAAAUGGAUUCAAAGGGAACUCCCUCUGCUGGUGAUUUGCUGAAUGUGCAAUCAUACUGGAGGGCUGUGAUUGGUUAAUGGCCUAUAAUGUAAAUGUUUAUGUAUAGCGUUUAUAAUUUCUUUACAAGUAGCAGAGAGCCCACUCUGGAAAUGUGAUGUUUUUGAAGAGUAUAUUGUUUCAAACAGUAUGUUUAAAAAUAAGCUAAAUCAAAAAGGGCACUUUUGAGAUAUUAAUAAUAUUAUUGUUAAUGUUAAAACAAAUAAUGUGGAAAAAUGUAUUUCAGAUUAUAGCCAUAAUGAAUAUUUCAGAGGAGUAUAAUGACACCGUGAUGUCUGUACCAUGUACCGUUUACGGCUCAUGGGGUCUUACAGGAGGCAUGUAUAGGUAGGUCUAAAAAGGGCCUAAAAUGGCCACUUUCAUCAUGAUUUUCUCAAAAAAGCAUGUUACACAUCCUUCCUCCCAAUUAAGUUUUUAUGUGAGAAUUGCCAGGACAAUCUGAGAUGCCCAAAAUAUUUUUGGGCCAUGCUGAUGUGUAAUCGCCUAACUAUGCCUAACCUAUGUCUUUGAAACUGGCACAAAGACUUCUCAACAUUGCAUGAAACAAGAUGUUCACCGUGUUUAACAAUCCCCACUCUUACUGAUGCUUAUUAAUGCCUUUAAAUGUGUACGGUAGGUCUGAUGCCAGAUAAAGCUCAUGCAGGUAGCAUCUCAUGUCAGAGGUCCAAUAUGUCCAACACAGUCUGUUGCACUCAUCUUUGUCUUAAAAUAAGAUAUGUCAUUCUUUAUUUCUGUAUUCUUGUUAACGUGAUUGACUUAUUUGAUUCUGUCUAUAACUUAUUUGUUCGAUUGUAAUAAUGCUUUCUGUGAAAAUGUAUAUUGAUCAAAAAUAAUGAGAGGGAUACCAGUAGGGAAUGCUUUUAAAUUGCCUUAAACAUGGCUGGAAGAGGUCUCGUCUGUCUUUACUAUGUAUUCUGUGGACAUGCCUUUUGUAGAUCGUGUCAUAAAGUAGUAGCAAACCUCAGUGACAAGGUGGGUUCUGAUGUUGUGCUGAAUGUUGUAUACUGUGAUGUUUAUUCUCUCCUGAACACAUUCUUAGCUGUUACCUCUGUUCCUGUUGAAUCCUUUGUGAUGAACAUUAGGGUUAGCUUGCAUUCUGCAAGACCAUUGUCCUGUCCUCAAAUGUAUCACGUCACAUGAAAUGUUCAACACGUAACUCAUUUAAAAAAAUUGUGAGUGCUUUUCUCACAUGGAACACACUGCAAAUCUGAAAGUUUGUUACGUGGCUUUUGUUACAAGUUGUUCGAGUACUGAAUUUUUGUUGUUGUUGUGUCAAAUGAUAUUAUGUCCUCUGUAUGGUGCCAUUAUAGACACAAUAAUAUGUUUACCCUCACGAUAAAAAUAAGUUAUCAGUGAUUAACUAACUUACAGAAGAGGUAUUGUUUGUCAUUUGUUUGGUUUCUCGUCAGAAGGGUUCUGCUUGCAAUAGCUACUAGUCUCGCCGUUUCUCACUAACUUCCUUUUUGUCAACACCAAAGCUCAUUCUCAAUUGUAUUUUCUCGAUUCCUCUUGUCCUCUCUCCUUGCCUCCUCAAAACACAUUGGAGGAGAAGGUCAGAGGGGAGGGAGCUAGGAACCGAGAAAAUACAAUUUACCACUUAAUUACGUGUCUGAUUUGACAUUACAAUCCCAAUUCAGUUUUCACCAGUCAGACUUUGGGUGCCAUUUUACAUAUUAAUGCUUUGAAUGUAACUCUGUCAGUGUGGUAUAACUGGACUCACAAGGUUUUACAUUUGCUGCUGUUGAUCAUUUCCAAAACCAAUAAAAU